AGAGACUGCCUGACAGCCCACAAAGAAUCUGCUUCCACAAGCAGAGGCAAUUUUGGGGGCUUGUGAUCACUCACACAGAGGAUUGUCAAGCACCAAGGAGCCGCUUCAAAGAAAGUCUGAGCUCCGGGCAGGAGCGGGGAAAGACAUGCACAGGUGCAGCUAGAAACCAGUACUGCAGAAGAGGAAGAAAGAGAGGCAAGCAGAGAGACAUAGAGGAGGAGGAAGUCAGAGGGGAGUGCUGAAGAAGGAGGAGGAGACUUGAGCUGCUGCACAGCAGAAAAAGGAGUCAGAGAGUCAUACCAAAACAGCUGUCUGGCAGACGGUGCAGUCGACAGAAGUGAAGCCCCAAAGGCAGGACAGAAGCCAGGCCAAUGCCGACAGCAUAAACGCCGAAGAUCUGAGGCUUCAGGGCAGCAGAACCCUGGCAGAACACUGGCAGAACACCAGCCACUCCUGAGCAGAACCUUUCAGAUCAUCUGAGGAAAGUGUCCUCUGAUCUUUCUACGUCCCCAAAAUUCGCACCUUUACAUGGAGAAGCUGCUCCUGAUCAAUGCUGUCAAUGUUUUUGGCGUUUUCUAAAAAGAUCCUGCUUCUGAGAAUGUAACUUCAGCUGUCCCUGUGGGAGCGCGAACAUCCACACACUUCUAAUUUAACACUUCUACCUUGCAAAUCUGAGAGCUCUUCCAAAGACGCAGCGAUGCCAGCUAAAGCCCCCAUUUACCUGAAGCCCACCAACAGCAAAAAAGGGAAAAAAGGUCGCCUGAGAGACAUUUUGUCCCCAGACAUGAUCAGUCCUCCCCUCGGGGACUUUCGUCACACCGUUCACAUUGGCAAGGGUGGAGGGGGAGACGCUUUUGGAGAUAUGUCCUUCCUUCAGGGAAAGUAUGAGCUGAUCCCAGGAAAGGGGGAUCCUCAACACAGCAUCCAGAGCGAACUUAUGCGAGCAAACAGCACCGGGAAUGCUGGCUUUGCUGAGACCCCCUCUCCAGUCCUCAAGAAUGCCAUCUCACUCCCCACGAUUGGAGGCUGCCAAGCGCUCACGCUUCCACUGAUCUCUCCCACAGUUUUCUCCAUGUCGCCAGAGCCUCUGGGGGGCAGUGAGGGACCUCCAUCUCCAACAAAGGUUGAGAUGGAUGCCCUGCUGCGCUCCAUUGAUGUCUUCAGCAGUGAGACCCCCUCUUCAUUUAAUGAAAUGUAUCCCAAACCUGACGUUCUUCUGCAUCUGCUGGAGAACAGAGAUAAACCAAAAGCAGGUUCCAAACCAAACAAACCAAACAAAUCAAACAACGGUGAGAUCCCAUUGGACGUCCCAACCUUGUAUUAUAUCAACAACCAAACCGACAUCUACAAAGUCAAUGGAAGCAGCGACAGAUUUGACAGCUUUAGCCUCAAUGACAGAGGUUUCCAGAGCAACAUCUUGAACGACAGCAGGCAUCUAAAUAACAAUGGCAACUGCAACAGUUAUGGACACUUUGACCAGGACAUUACCCAUGGUUUUGAGUUCUCAAUGUUCAAUGGAGACAGCGUGGACAGGGACAGUGGGGUGGAGGAGGGCCGCAUCAGUGAUUAUGACUUUGAGCUUUCCCAGGGGAAACGCAUGUCUCAGGAAUCUCUCACCCAGAUCACAGGGUCUCUCCUUUCCCUGGAACUGGAUCUGGGUCCAUCUAUCCUUGAUGAUGUGCUGAAUAUAAUGGACAAAGCUGAAGCUAAAAACAGGCCUUGAGCUGUGCUUGACGCCGCCAAAACGAGAAAAGGGAAUCAUCAGAGCCACAAGAGUAGAAGUAACUCAAAAUGAUGUCUGGAUAUAUCAUUGAGAUAAUAAUUAUUUGACAAAGCUUAUAUCUAAAUGUCUGUGGAGUGUUGAUGCUUCUUUAUUUUCACUUUUGUUAGCUACAUUGGCAGCAUGGUUAAGAUGCAUGUGCUUUUCAGUUGAACCUGAAGCUGCCUUCGUGGUUUCCUUUUUCUAACAUGAAAUCUCUGCACACAAAUACAAUACCUGAGGUCUUUUGGUUUUUAUCCAAUCCAGUCUAAAACUUGUUUGGUGUAGUUUUUUGUGAAUCUGAGUGUGUUUAUCAAAGCACUUUCACGUUUUCCACAUUUUUAUUGGGCAAACAAGGAUUUAAAAGACAGAAUGCCACAAAUAUUUGUUUUUUUAAUGCAGUAACACAAAUAAAUUCUUCUUUUCAA